AGCCCAUCACGGUGUUCUCUUUGUAUUUCACGGACAACACGUAAAGCUUCUCCGCCCCUAUACACGCCGCAUAUAUAUCGCCCUCUUGUUCUGUUUUGUUUCUUCUUUCUUCUCCCCCGCUCCCCUCUCUUUUGUUUUCUUUCCACCAACAUAUACUCCCCUCCAUCGGGCCGGAGAAGCUGCGUUGACGUUGUAUACAGGCGGUCUCUGACGUCCUUGGCGCUACCCCACUCCUGCUCUUCUAUUAUUGUUAUUGGUAUUUGGUGGUGCUUUGGUUUCUCCUGUGUGCGUGAAUUUCCGCCUUUUGGGAAGGGUUGUUCACUCUGCAGACCUCUUGGCGUCGUCCGGCAGCCGCCGUGGUCGGAUUCAUUCCGCUGCCAAGAAAGCAAACAAACUCAAAAACAAACAGAAGCCGGUGAGUGCAUCCGGCGUUCGUCGCCGCCGCAUUAUCGAGCAGCGCAACAUCCUCCGCAAUGGCACCGUAGGGCAGCGCCGUCAGCUUCUCCGCGUACGGCAAGUCCGCGUGCCGGACAACGUGGAAGCGGCUGCGGUGCUCGGCACUGCCGUGCUCGACCUCCCGGCAUCGGACAUGGCAGGGGAGAGCACCGACCGCUGCAGCGGCGCGAUCGUCGACGCACGGCCGUAUCUCGCCAGCUGCUGUGGCGGGGGCGACAAAGACGGCACAGACGGCAUCGACUGUGUAGACUACUCGUCGUUGGUGGAGGUGCUGUGCCCAGAUGGUACGUCGUUGCUGGAGCGUCUCCCGCUUUCCCCGGUGCCUGCCCGGCGGGGUCGUGUGGUGUCGCCCUCACCGCGCCGCCACAGCGCAACACGCUCGCCUCUCUUUGCGGCCUCCACCCCGUUUACUUUUGCCACAGCAGGGGACUCUCUCGCCACGCCGCAAGAAGAGAGCGUGCCGCAGCCUGCACCACCACCGCCGCACAACCGUAACGAGCAAGGCGACGGAAGUACAAAUCUCACCUACGCUGAUGGACCCGUCCGCCUCCACGAUUCAUUUGACGUGUCCUAUACUACUACCGCUGCCGCUGUGGCAGCCGCCGUGACUCCCACGCAGCGUGCGGAGCGAGACGACGCCGACGACGGCCUUCACAUAUUUGCCAGCGGCGGCUCCUGCACCCUCGUCGCUCCCCGCAACUCCGCGCGUCAUCGCAGACGGAGGCGGGCGCCGGCUCAGUCCUCUCCAGCGUCGUGCCGCGACUCGCAGUACCUCUCCCUCGGCAGCGCGGACCGCCACAGCUCGAACGGGCGUAGCGGCUUCACGACUCCUGCGGAGCAGUCCAUGCACGGACUCACCCCAACGAGUGUCGCGUGCACUCCUCUUUCUCCGCACGAGCGGUGUGACCUGAAUGGACGAGUGCUGCUGACGGACCGCCUUGUACAGUCGCAGUCCAGCACGGCCUUGCCCAAGAUGAUUGCGGCCUACCAGCAGUACGUGCAGGCCACAUCUGCCAGCACCUGUUGUCCGUCGGCACUCCCCUCGAAGAACUCAAGGUGCAAGUGGCGCGGCAACAAGACACACGAGAAGGAAGAACUCGCGGCGCUGCGUCAGGCACUCGCUCCGCGUCAGCGCGGCAUUGUUCUGCAGGCGGACAACACGGAUGAGGAGGUGUUGAAGUUCGUGACGCAGGCACAAGAAGGCGUGCGGCCCUCCUUUCGGUACAUGGAUCCGGCGGAGGUGUACGGCACGAGCUCGUACCGCUCCAACACCUUCAUCCAGCAAAGCGAAAACUAA